CGACGUAACCUCGUUGUUUGCUCGGUCGCGUUUCAUCGUGGUUCAGUAGUACUCCGCGAAACGAGAAAUCUAAACGUACUUACGAAUACCGCAAACAGUAAACACCAUCCGUGUGCAGUGUCCAGCACGUCCCAGACUCAACGCUGGUGGUUUCCGUUCUUCCUCCUCCGGUACCGCGGACCGACCAAACCGGUACACCCCGACCACGAGGGCAGAAGAACCUCAAUUCGGAUUCGACCAAUAAUAUUGCGCGUGGUUUUGAAAAGAUGGACGACCAACAUCGAUCAGGUUCUGCGCGAAUAGACGUCAUUGACGAAGAGAACUUGGUACAAUUUCCACGACAGCAUCUUAUCAAAUUAUAUAAAGACGCCGUAGCGCGCAUUCGUUUUUUAGAAGCAAAGGCGAACAAAGUAAAAAUAUGUAAUAACUGUAACUUGAUUUGUGACAAUGAACGUGAAAAAAGACAAAUUAAAAAAUUUAAGGCGAGAGAGAAAUAUUUACAAAUGAAACUAGCUGCUAAAAAAAAAGAAUCAAAAAAAUAUGCUGCGCAAAUUUUAGCCAUUCGUGAUUCUAUUAAAAGUAAUUCAGAACUCUCAUUAAAAAAUUCAUUGCAAGAUCCAUCCACAAAUAUUUUGAUUAAAAAGUUAAGAGAAGAAUUAAUAAUUGCCAAAACUAAAUUAGAAGAAACUCAAAAGGAACUAAAUGCCUCAAAUUUUACACCAAAUAGUAAUAUUGGGAAAAGUUUGGUAACUAGAUGUCAUAAACUGCAUGAAGAGAAUGUAGAACUUAAUAAAGAAAUUACAAGCGGACAUAUAGCUAAAAUCGAAUGUGAACUUGCUUUACAGAAAAAUUUGAAUAAAGAUUUUAAAGAAUCGCAGAGAGAAUUGGAUGGUUUUUUGCUAGAUUUAGAUACAAGUGCAGAUGUUACACAAAAUACAAUACUCAAUUUGCAGACAAGUUUGGAAGGAUGUAAAAUAUCUCCUGAUAAUACAGUAAGCGGAGAAAUUAACUCAAGAAGUGUUGAUGAUGUAAAAAAGUAUGUUGUUGGCACUAUUAUAAAUAAAAACUCUAUAUCUGACAACUCUAUAACUGAAACCUCCGCACUAUUGGUAACAUCAAAGUCUAAAAGUGUAUCUGACUAUAUGGAUAAGAAUUUAAAACAUUAUAACUAUUUAAAUGAAAAUAAAAGUUUUCAACUAGCUGAAGGCACUGAUCAAAGCGGAAUAAAGCGUAAAUUGAAAAAAAGAAAACAUAAAAGCCAUCACUAUAAAAAGAAAAAAACAACUCAUGAAAAGGAUGAGAAACUUGGUGAUUAAAAGUGAGAAGACCAAAAUUAUUAACAUUUCUUUAAUUUUAAUAUUCA